CAUGGCUGCCAGGGACAAGGUGCUCGCUUUGCAGGCUGAAGUUGCCCAGCGUGAGGAGGAGCUGAGUUGCCUGAAGCAGAGGCUGGCGGCGGCUCUCUUGGCGGAGCAGAAGGCAGAGCGGCGGGUUCCGGUGUCGCCCCUGCCGCCGAAGGCCGCGCUAUCCCGAGAUGAGAUUCUGCGCUACAGCCGGCAGCUGGUGCUGCCGGAGCUGGGCGUGCACGGACAGCUGCGCCUGGCGACCGCGUCCGUGCUGGUCGUGGGCUGCGGUGGGCUUGGCUGCCCACUGGCGCAGUACCUGGCGGCGGCCGGCGUAGGCCGCCUUGGCCUUGUGGACUACGACGUAGUAGAAAUGAGCAACCUGGCCCGCCAAGUGCUGCACGGCGAGUCGCUGGCCGGCCAGGCCAAGGUCCUUUCGGCCGCCGCCGCGCUGCGCCGCCUCAAUUCGGCGGUGGAGUGCGUGCCCUACGCGCAGGCGCUCACGCCAGCCACGGCCCUGGACUUGGUCCGCCGCUAUGACGUGGUGGCUGACUGCUCCGACAACGUGCCCACUCGCUACCUGGUUAACGACGCCUGUGUGCUGGCCGGCCGGCCUCUUGUGUCCGCCAGCGCCCUGCGCUUCGAGGGCCAGAUCACCGUCUACCACUACCACGGCGGGCCUUGCUACCGCUGCGUGUUCCCCCAACCACCUCCAGCGGAGACGGUGACCAACUGCGCGGAUGGCGGGGUGCUCGGCAUCGUAACUGGGGUCGUGGGCUGCCUGCAGGCGCUGGAAGUGUUGAAGAUUGCUGCGGAGCUGGGCCCCUCUUACAGUGGCAGCUUGUUGCUCUUUGAUGCUCUCAGAGGACAUUUCCGCUGUAUUAAGCUUCGGAGCCGCCGGCCCGACUGUGCAGCUUGCGGGGAGCGGCCCACUGUGACCGACCUACAGGACUACGAAGCCUUCUGUGGCUCCUCAGCCACUGAUAAGUGCCGCUCCCUGCAGUUGCUGAGCCCAGAGGAGCGAGUUUCUGUCACCGACUAUAAACGACUUCUGGAUUCUGGGGCCCCCCACCUGUUGCUGGACGUCAGGCCUCAAGUGGAGGUGGACAUCUGUCGUUUGCCUCAUGCCCUGCACAUCCCUUUGAAACAUUUGCAACGGAGGGAUGCGGAGAGCCUGAAACUCUUAGGAGAAGCAAUCCGGAAAGGGAAACAGGGCACACAGGAAGGGGCAGCUCUCCCCAUUUAUGUGAUUUGCAAACUGGGCAAUGACUCCCAGAAAGCCGUGAAGAUCCUGCAGUCCUUGACAGCAGUCCAAGAGUUAGAGUCUUUAACGGUUCAGGAUGUUGUGGGGGGCCUCAUGGCCUGGGCUGCCAGAAUCGAUGAAACGUUUCCGCAGUACUGAGGUGGCUGUGGUAUAGUCUGAUCUGAGAAAGAUGUGGAUUGCCAUAUUGCUCUAAAGAUAUUUAUGUCCAUUUUUUUUUCAAUAAUGUGCAGAAGAGCCUGGGAUUCUAUGACGUCUGUGAAUACAUAGGCCUUUUUUUAUAAGGAGCUUUUUAAUUGUAACUUACUGGAUGACAUAGUUAUUAAUGGGUUAUGAUACUGUUUCUGAGAACUGCCCUGUGUUUUCAGCACUUGGAGGGUGUCUUGAACAUGUGAUAAAAUGUAAGUGACAAGGUUUUGUGUUUCAAACUGCAGAUCAUUUACCUGUCCUGCUUUUUAUCCACCUCCCACAGUCAGAAAGCUCUCUCAAUCGUCCAUGUUAUGCCUGGAAUUAAGGUCUAGUAAACUUAGUCUUAGCGAAUUGAUUACAAAUGACAGUUAAGCACAGUUUAUUCUUUACUAAGACAUUCUUUGGGUCUUAUUUCUACUUCCGAUGAUAGACUAUGUCCUACAGAAAUAAGUGUUUAAAAUGUAAAUUGUUUUAAAUGUCUUGGAAGUGGUCGUUCUAUUAAAUAUUUUUAAUUAAUAUCAAAGUGAUAUAUUUACCAGUUAGCAAAAGAAAGGAAACCACCUUUGUAGUCUGUCAGUUUUUCUUGUAAAUUGCUGAUUUUUUGAAAAGUUAGCUUCGGGGUCCACCUUAUGCUGGACACGUGAACAUUUUCUAAACUCUGUACCAUGAUUUGGCCUGCUCUGUAAUCUUCAAGUCCAAGUCCCAACCUUCUUCCUCCCCCUGCCUUUUUAUUCCUAUCCAAUCUGUUAUUUUUACUUUUGUCUUUACUGUAUGGCCAGGACCCCAAGAACAAUAUUGAAUUAAAGUGGAAUAGUGAACAUUCUUGGCUCCUCAAUCUCAGGUGAAAAACUUUAAAUAUUUGACCAUUGUCAGGUGAAAAACUUUGGCUAUUUGACCAAUAUUGCAUGUUAUUGGUUUACUGUAGAUAUAUACCCUUUAUCAGAUUAAAGAAAUUUCUGUUCAUAGUU